AUGGCGUCCUUGUUCCUCGACGAAGACGAUAUCUUCGGCUCUGACCUCGCCAGCUGUGCUAUGCCGGGCUUGGCGGACUUUAUGGAUGUCGAAGCACGUGCGCACUCUAAGGCUGAGAUGCCCGGACUGGGGGAGUUCGACUUGGAGGGUGCAGUCCGCAUGGCCGAGAUCAACGCAGAGAAGCGCAAGAGGCACCAGAUCAAAGCGGAGCAGCAUGAGAUGCCCGGACUGGGGGAGUUCGACUUGGGAGAGAAACCGAAGAAGGUUGCCAAGACGGAGAGUGCAGUCCGCAUGGCCGAGACCACAGCAGACAACGACAACGGUGAGGUGCCCGCGAUCACAGCGCAGAACGGCGACACGGAGAGUGCAGUCCGCAUGGCCGAGACCACAGCAGACAACGACAACGGUGAGGUGCCCGCGAUCACAGCGCAGAACGGCGACAUGCCGGAGAUCACCAUCCAGGACGAGAUGGCCAAGAUGCCCCAGGAGAUGCCGGAGAUCAGACCAAUCCAGGACGAGAUGGGCAAGAUGCCCCAGGAGAUGCCGGCGAUCAGACCGAUCCAGGACGAGAUGGAGGAGAAGCCCAAGACGCCGGAGAUGGAUAUGCCGCAGAAGCCUCUGUCGGGGGUGCAGGAGAAAGAGGCUGCCCUCGCAAAGGCACCCCGGGGUUCCAAGAACACAUUCGCAGGGCGGACACCUCCGAAGAAUGCAGAAGCCAGGGAGAUUUUCUUCUGCAUCAAGGACGGCUAUGCAAAACUCAAGAAGGACUAUCCGAAAUCCAGCCUGCUCCACCAACAGACUUUCUGGUAUAAGGUGGACUCCGUGCUUCGAGCGAACUCUGGCAAAAAGACACCAAGGCCGGGACGUGAAGUCGUCGCAGAUGUCAUCACAGAGAUGAGGUCCAAGCUGAGCCGCUGUGAACCUGCAGGUGCGAGCUGA